GUUUAUUUAUAUAAGUUCUCCCCGGGCCCUUUCUUACUGGAAAACUUAUUUAACCAACAGGAUAAUAGUUUGAAUGUAACAGACUCCUUAGUGAACCUGCCUAGUAGGAGCCAGUAGGCCUGUUGUAGGUUUUUAUUGCUUAUAAAGUGUGGAUUAACAGAUAUGAAUAUUUGCUCAGCACGAGCCAAUUAAUCCUCUUGCAUUAUCAUGUGUCGAUGAGUGAUUUAAACUUGUUAUGUUCCGUUAACUGAAUGUAUUGAUGGGAAACUUGAGGAGUAUAGUGUGUGCAAUGUUUUUAAAAGAUUUAAUUAAGUUUCUAGGUGAGCGGGCGCCCAUCUUCAACCCGAUUCCAUUUUGCGAAGACAUUAAAUAAAUAAAUAAAUAAAAGGGGGAGGGGGCGGUUGGCUACCUUGACUCUGGUGAAUGGCUCUUAAUACAAAAGCCCUUGUGGCUUAGCGCUUCUUUUUGAUAAUAAUAAUAAUAAUAAUAAAUCUUAAUACAAAAAUGAAAAUACUGAAUCCGCACUCUCCUUCGAAUCAAAUCUGUCUCCCAUUUUCCAGGGGCUGUAUUAGGCUUAUGGCUUUAGCGCUUCCCCUUCAGUAUAAAGAAGAAUCAGUGUGGGUUGAGCACGUAAGAGGUAUAUAGGUGUCCUUCCAGCAUGAAAAGACACACAUACUUUUACGUUCACCAGAUUAGCAAAUUAGAGGAUGUUAUGAUAAAAUAGGAAGAGAAUCACUGCAGAAAGCAUAUCAGAGGUAGUUUAUGGUGAAUCAAAGGUACAUAAGCCUUAAGCUUUUUAUUUCACGUUUCGUUCGUUAGACAAGUUUCCAAAGUUACACACGUGUCUAAUUUAUAUAUUUGUUGGUAUUAAAGAUACUAAACUAACUUGUGUGCUACGUUGCACCCGUUUGGGCUUUUCCAUUUACAUGACAAAGCUCGAGCAACGUCAUUAAAUGACUUUGCCGAUGUGUUUGAUGCACCAGGAGGUACACUGGCCACCAUAGAGUUCCUGUGUGCUGCUCAUACGGUAUCAUAAGGUCAGUGCUGCCAACUUGUGUAGAUCCGUGAUAAGAACACCAACCAGCUACAGCAGGACAUAGUACUGAACAAGAGUGUAAGCAACCUCAGGCGCCGGCUAGUGACAACAGAAGUACAGUAUAUCUCUCCUUGGAAUCAUACAACCAAACCUUGUCACAACUCCCUCUCUCAUCAGCUGGUAACCACUAUGGGUUCUGUCGGCAGAUUUUCAGAGGAAUUCUGGGUAGUUGCCUAGUUUCAAGGGAAGUGUUGAAGAUUGUGGUUAGAGGCACACACAGCAUCUCUGCUCCUUCUCUAAGGACCCAUGGGGAGAUGUCCGGUCCCAUCGCCUUUGAGGUAUCAAGGUCACUUAGCAGCUUCUUCACCUCCUCCUCGGUUGUUCAAUGUGGAGGUAGGAAACUUUGGUGGCUGGGAGAUCAUUUCCCAGAGGAUGAAGGAGGCCAACAAGAUCACUGCCAACUACAUCGACCUUCUGAAGCAAGUGGCAUCAGCAAUGGACACCUUUGGACGAGCACUAAUAAAAACUGCUAGAGACUCACGUCUACCUGAUAUGGAACAUGGAGAGCUGAAGGCAUCACUGUUGGCUGCUCGAACAAGUGUGGAGUACUGGGGGCAAGACAGUGUGGAUGCAGCAGAUGCCAUCACCACAGAAGUUACUCAACUAUCACAGUAUCUUACACAGGCCAAGCUUAUAUGCAAGCAUGCCAAGGAGCAAGCUAAACAACGUCAGCAGCAGGUGCGGGAAGGAAUGCGGAGAGUGCAACAGGCUCAGCGAGAGUCUCAGAAAAAACUUCAAGAGUUGAUGGAUAAAGAAACAAACAAACUAAGAGUGGAUAGUAAACCUGAUGCCAAACCUAAAGAGCUAGAAAAGGCAUUACAGGCAGGAGUGAGGUCUGUGGAAGCUGCCAAAGAAGCUGAACUCCAACAUAAAGAUGCAGUCAACUUCCACAAUGCUGUGCUUAAUGAGUGGUGUUCCUAUGCCCAUUCUGGUUUUAAUACCUUUCAGAACAAGGAGGAGCAUAGGGUGAGGCUUGUGCGGGACUCUUUGUGGAGAAUUGCCAACAUCUGUUCACUGUUUGCUGUGCAGUUAGACCAGCACCAAGAAAGUAUUCGGACAGCUCUUAUACACGUGGAUGUGGCAAAGGAAUUGUCAACAUGGGUAGCUAUUCACAAAACACUGCAAACGCCUCCUAUACCCUUGGUGUACACACCUAUUGCUCGCUCCUCUCUUAACACACCUUCAGCCUCCUUUUCAACAUCAGCUCGAUCUACGCUUACAGAGGUGUCUGAAGACAGUGACAGUAGUGGUAGGUCAAGUCCCAUACCACUUUACAAGGCUAGGGCACUCUACCAGUUCUCUGCUCGGAACUACAGUGCCUGUGUGGUUGUGUUGCAGAGUGAAAGUGAAGUGUCACUUACAGAGGGUCAGUCCCUAGUAGUCAUGGACGUGUGCAAUGCAGAAUGGAGUCUGGUGAGAACCAACACUGGUGUCUUGGCUUUUGUACCUUCAAAGUUCAUCACUGCUGCUCCUGUUUCUACAUAGAAACCUUCAUGCUGCUGUAUUGUGGUGAAGAGUAGCUCAGUGGUGAGACUGUUAGCUCACAAUUGAAAGGUUUUGGUUUUAAUUCUGGGUUGGUGCAAGUUUGUUUACACCCUUGCUGCAUCUGCAUCUGUUGACUGCUGUGCAAAUGUGUAAGAACACUCCAGUUCUGCAAAACACAUGCAAGAGUCAGGUAAAAGGUAUCCAACUAAUUGCAUUGUAUCUAUUGAUAUUAAUAAAAAGUCUCCCCAUAUUGUGUUUUGUUAGGUAUUCCUGAAGGAGGACAUAUUAGGGUGCCUCAGUUAUUUUUUUCCUUUCUUUAUCUUUUUUAUUUUAUUUUGCUCAUAACUUGAGAAUGCCUCCUUAAAUCUGCUUAAAAUAUUCAACACUUGUGUACAAUAAUGAGGUCCAAAUUCUUGGAACUGGCAUAUUCAUGUGCCCUAUGACCAAAUGCAUAGGUGCAGAUUUGACCAUUUUAUGUAGUGUGAAAUUUUUAUCCUUGAUGAAUCACUAGUGUGGUUUCUUGAACAUAUGGCUUACACUGCUGUUGGGUGGCAUAAAUCCCAGUUUGCUAGGUUAACUGAGUAAAUAGUCAUAGUCAUUUUUUGUUUAAAAACUAAAUGCUUCAGAAUGGCCUCAAAAUAGUACUGAGGAUACAUUCUAUAAUAAGGAUAACCCAAAAGAUUAAUUCAGAUAGGUGCAAAUUUGAUAUUUUACUGAAAUAGUUAAAAACUUAUCAUAAGAACCAAAUCUAUUACAGAAGAAUGCCUUCUCUGAUCUUCAUUUGAACUUUAUUGACUUAAGACUUAGGGAGAUUGACACAAGUCAGUCCAUCUAUUAUCAUUCCAUCAUGCAGGCAGAGCCACAUGUCUAUGGUGCAUCCAACACGAUAAGAAGACUCUUGGAUGUCCUUACUGUCCAGCUCCGGCUAGGUUACAAGUAUCUUUGGCAAGUUAAAUCACCACCACCAGAUGUAGACCAAACAAAAUGUAAACUUUACCAGAUGGACUAUUGUCACACAUUGCGUCAUUAUGUACUGGAGUGCGAUAAAAUUAAUGAAUUUAGAGACAACUCACUCAGAAAUGUUCAAGAAAUGGCAAAGUAUUUUAUCCAUAGUGGUAUAUUACAGAUCAUUCUGGAGAAAUACCCUGACUUUGCUAGCUGUAAAUAAAGCAUUACCACGUGUGUGUGUACGCAUGCGUGCUUGUGUGUGCAUGUGGCUGUGUGUGUGCCCUUGUGGGUGUAUGUGUGUGCUCACUCGUGUGUGUGCAUGCACUCGUGUGGGUGCAUGAUCCACUUAAUAUUUGUAUUUAUAACUCAUUACAAUUGUGACCGAGUGUGGACGUGUCAGUGGCUCAUUACUUUGUAAUUUGUUCAUGAUUGUAACCAUGUAUAGGAAUGUAAAUGGUUCAUUACCUUUGUAAUUUGCCAUGAUUGUGCCCAGAUCUACCUGGAGGUUAUUACCUAUGUAACUAGUUCAAAUAUCAUAACUUUGGGGUCCAGUCCCUGGACCCAUUAUAUACCUCUGUAAUCUUUUGACAUCCACCCACAGGAUGGGUAUGGGGUGCAUAAUAAAAUUAAACUAACUGUAUUUUUUUU